UUUUGUCGGGUUGGCAUGGCUCUCUGGUGGUAAACAAAGCUGAGCGGGUUGGUUUGUCUUUGUUCGGUAACGGCACCAUUUACACAACUUAAUCUGAAGACUUGUACGUGUCUAACCAGGAUAUCUGUGGUAGUGAGUCCUGCAUCACCACGAAGCUAACGCCAACUAGCCAAUGCUAACUAGCCUUAGCACGGCUAACUAGCCUUAGCACGGCUAACGCAGCUGCUAACAUUACCUGCCUUUUGAGGAAAUGGCCGAUAACAAUAUUGGAGGAAAAUGAAGAGAAAAGUGGCCAAAUUAAGACUGAGUCCCAACGAAGAGGCUCGGAUAAUACGAGAAGAACAUGAACGGAGGAGGAAACUACGAAUACAGCAGGUGCGAGAGCAGCAGAGGCACAUCUCGCUGCAGAUCCUGCGUGAGGUUGAGCAGAGACGGCAGCGUGAGCUGGAGCAGCUGGAGCAGGAGCUGAGAGAAGACUGGGAGCGACAGCAGAGGGAGAAACUCAACGCACUGCAGAGGCUCUACCAGGAGAGCCUCCAGCUUCUCGGUCAGGGUCACAGGAGUGCAAAAGAAAACGAGCCCGAUUUGGCAGCCAUAGCUCAGAGGGAGGAGGAAAAUCACGUCAAAGCAGAGGAGCGUUAUCGGGAAGCCCUGAAGGAGCUCAAAUCACAAAGGCUUAAAGAUGAUGAGAUGCAAAGACGAUCCAUCAAUGCCAGGAAGAAGGCACUACAGGCAGAAAAGGAAAGAUCCGCAAAAGUUGCCAGCCUCCCACCACCUCUCCCAAACCCCAUUCAGCAGAGCAUAGAUUCCAAGAAGCCGUGUGUAGUGAAGAAAUCUGACGUGAGUGCCUUCGCCGCCACCCAUUACCACAUGCCUGAGAGCACAGUGGACAGAGAGGCUGACACGAAGCAGCCUAAUGCCCAUGAGGGAGCUGAGCUGGAGGGGAGGAGACUGCAGGAUGUACAGAGGGAGGAAAAGAGGAGGAAAGAGGAGCAGCUUGAGAAGGCUCGCCUCAGAGGGAAGGAGGCUCUGAGGAGGGAACAUCUCGUCCAGGAUCGGGAGCGCUUGCUCGUUGAAUUGGAGCACAUGCAGCAGACGGACCUGCUGAGGAGGAGACAGCAGGUGUCCCAGAUGCCUCCUCAGAUCUUCCAGCCUCUCCUGAAGAGACAGGAGAUGAGGGAGGACUUCCAGAGGGAGCUGGAGUUUGCCUUUGAGGACAUGUACACCGGAGAGAGGAGGGUCAAAGGUGACCUGGUGGUCCAGCUGGCACCCGAGCCUCUGCCAGCUCCGUCCACAGGCAGCCAGGACCAAGAGCUGGACGUCUCGCUGGAUGAUCUCGCCACACAAGGAGCAGUAACAACGCAACAUGACGCUGAAGGGGAAGCUCAGAGCACUGAGCAGGAAACAUCUGAUCAAACGGAGUCCUCCAAACCUGCUCCCAGAAGGGCUUUGAAGAAACUCCUGGAUCGCAUCAGGAGCCAGAGGAACCAGUGGACUGACCACGGCAGUUGCGUCCCUGCAGCCGAUUCACCGACCGCCAUCACCGAUCAGAUCCCAGAGCGGGACACGACCAUCGACACAGGCUCUCUGACCAGCGAGGAGAAAAGCAUCCUGCUCCCCACGGAGCUCCCUGAGCCCACCCACUCCCCGCAGGCACUAAAGACAACGGAACGGUCAACUGCAGCAGACCCUCCACUUCCUGAUGUUCUUGCAAGAAGAAUCCAAGAGUUUGAAGAAGAACGAAAGAGAAGGGAAGAAGAGCUCGACAGGGAGAAGCAGCAGCAGGUGGUUUUGCUCCAGGAGCUGGAAGAGCAGAAAGCCAAAUUGGAGCAGAUGCUGCUUGAGGCCCAGCAGGAGAGAGAAGAUCUGAGGGCUGUUGGGACCCAGGACGAACCCCUCAACCAACCAGAAGUACCCGUCCAUGACCAGGAAGUCACCUCUGUCUCUCCUGGUGCAGCCUCUAAGCUGGUGCCUCCUGCACGUGAAGAUGACCACACCAGAAGGAUUAAAGAAUACCAGCAGCGGCUGCUUGAACAAAACGGGAUUCACCAGAGGUCAGUGGAGGUGGCCCGUCAGCGCCUGGAGGAAUACCAGCGAGCUCUACGGAUUCGUUACAACAUGACCGCAAGGUCGUUGCUGCCUGCCACCGCGCCUUGGGGCCUCAUUCACCCAUCUCCUCUGCAGGGCGCUCAGUCUGCUCAUCUCCCAGCUCCUACACAGCUCUCUACGACCCCCGCAGCGCCGGCAUACAUCCACGCCAAACCACAAAGCCCUGCGGAAGUUCCCACAAGAGAGUCUGACAUGUCGCCCUCGCGACUUCCCGGCCCCAGUGCGUGCUUUGGCUUCAAGCCGCUGCGGCCGGAUGAAGUUGGAUCUUUUCGGAGCGAUCCAAGGAGCCGGAGACCGGAGGUCACCGCUUGGCUGACCGACAACAUAAUGGAGAGAGUGACGGGGCACCUUCCAGAGAGAGUGAGACCCUCCUCGGAGCCGCCAUCUUACAAACUGUUCCCAACACAUCAUUCAGCCAGCAUCCCGAUGCCCCAGCCGGCCUCUGAUCCCAUCAGAGCCACUAGCCCGUGCAUCACAGAUGGGGCACCUCCGGUCAAACGAAGGCCUGCGUCACAUGGCUCCCUGCGGACCGGGUCCCUGAGCUCCAGUGAGGACGACGACGACGACAUGGAGAGGCAGAGACGAGAGCUGCUGGAGGUCCAGAGACGGGUGCUGGAGCAGAGGGAGGCUGUUGCGCUGCAGCAGAGGCGGCACGAAGAGGAGAGGCAGAGUCAGGAAGAGCAGCGACGGAGACAGGAGGUGGAGAUGGAGCAGAUGAGGCAGCAAAAGGAGACGCUGCAGGCUCUGAUUCAUACUGAAGAACAACUAGUUCCAGAGGCUGCCAAUGAAGCGUUGGUUUCAGAGGACAUCAGUCAGACCCGACUUAAAUUACUCGCGUCCCUGCUGAGAGCUAUAGAGGAGUCUAACGGAGGAACUUUAUCUCACUUAGAAGAGCCUGAGUGGAAAGAUGGCUCCCCUCUGCAACGGCCAUCCAACAACAGUGGUGAGACAGAUCGCAUCUGUGAGAGCGAUGUUGCUGCAGGACCUUUGCCAGUGUCGGUCCUCCCCUCAGGACUCUUCCCUCCUCCUCCUCGAGCAGCGAAGCCCCCGGUGACCCGCGUCAGGCUUGGCGUCAUGGAGAUGAUGACAGAGCAACACGAGCUAAGUGCUAUUCAAGAGGUGGAGACACCGGUGAACACCAGCCAUGCCGCAGGCCUGGAGGAUAGUGUGACGGUCCCCUCACACACUCUGGGCUGGGAUCUGCAAGAGGAUUCGGAAUCGUCCAUGUCCUCUGACAGGACCCUGCAGACACCCUCUUGGUCCAGCAGUGGGCAGCGGACAGCCGAUCGAUCGACCGGCUCUGGGACGAGCUCAGGAGGAGUCUGGAGAGAGAGGCUGCUGAUUGGGGCAGGAACGUCUCCAGAAUCCUCAGGGUCUGAUUCAGUCCUGAGGAGGAUCUCGCAGAUUUCCUCUGAUUCUGGGAGAGGAGCCGACUACUCUGGUCCUGCGGUCACAAGCAACAAACCCUCCAUGGAGUCUGCACAUAGGCCUCCCGAUUCUGACUGCCUCUCCUCCACCACCAUCUCCACCGGCAGCUACAUCACCACCGAUACUGAGCUAAACGUUGACGCCGAUAAAUCCCCGCUGCUCAGACAUAGCGCAGAACCAGGACGAGGAGCAGAUUCACUCGACGUCUCCCCUCCGUCCGCUCAAAGCUCCUACAUUAAUGACAGCUCAGCCGCCGGUCGUCCUGGUCUGGCUGUGGACUCUCUGUUUAACGACAGCAGCAUCCAGCACAUUAUAGACAGAUACACUAGGGAGCUUAACAUCUCCCUCAGCGCCGCCGGCAAAACCACAGACAGUGAAGGCUCAUACGUGGAGGAACUGGGCUCUUCGGUGUCCCAGCAGACUCCGGAUCGAGUUCUGGAGAGGAGUGGGGAGGAUGAAAGCUCUACGGCCCGCCGGUCUCCUCCCUCAGGCGCAGCAGGAGCACAGAGGAGUGGCCUGGAUUGGCACGGUACUGUCAAUCCGAUCCCGGAGCACUUCUCGGGCGAGGACCCGUCACUGGCUGAGGACCAGGAGCAGGACUCUUUCAGACCUCUGAUCGGUCAGCUGACGGACCAGUCCUCCUGCCUCGCCGCUGACCACAGGGACUCGGCCAUGGAGCGGCUGGUCGGUCAACCGUCCGCUCAUUCGUCAAUGAUUGGUCAUCCACCAGGGCCGCCGGUUUCGGUGAGCUUUAAUCACUGUGGAUGGGAUUCAACUCUGAGUCGGAUGAUCGACCGACUCUCCCAUCAGUCCACCUCCCACUGGCUGAGCGGCGGGCAGGACUUUUACGCCGGCCAGCUGACUGGUCGGGUCACGUCAGAGCAGUCGACCACAUGGCUGGACGGAGGUCUGGAGGAGAGCCGGAUGAGACCUCUGGCUGUCGAGCUGGAUGAGUCUGCUGGCCAGCACAGUGGAAGCUCAGAUGAAAGAACCCAUGUGGAGCUUGGUGUCUCAACUGAGGCCAGUGGGCCGUCGUACCCAGCGUUGCCUCCUGAAGCCUCGUCACACAGUGCCUCGGUCCCUGGUGUGAAUCCACAUCAACAAGACCAGACCCUGCAGAACCAAACCAGUCCAUUGGACAUGGGCCCAGAGAGGACUGAAGUGUUUCCAGGCUCGGACUCAUUCCACCCACUGCUGGCUGAGGUCACCCACAACGAAACGGCAGACCCCUCCAUGACCUUUCACCUGCCUGAACACGAUGUGCCCACGUCCCCUGAGGGCCAGCCGGCCAGCGUGGAAUACAGUGUUUCCACGUCUUCUGAGGAGUGUGAAACCCACACUGACGAGUCCGAGCCGUCGUCCGAGCCGUCGCCCGAGCGCCUCAGGGCGGAGGAGCCGUCCAGCUGCUUGACAGCCUACCCCACGUUGCAUGAAUCCUUUUCCCAGCUCAUCACCUCCCAGUGCCAACCCCACGAAUCUAUCCUUAUGAUGUCUUCUGCCACGGGAACAGACGUGGAGCCAACAUCUCUGAGCUUGUCACGUUUAACAAUGUGUGAUUAUAUACCUACUUUGGGCAUCCCGCAGCCAGAGGAUUUGGAAGCAGACAUAAACCACUUCUAUCCUUUAUCAGAUAAGAUAUUGGAAGCUGCUGGUGAGAAAGGGAUCCUAGAGCAGUCGGAGAUAACACUAGUCAGCCUGACCGACACCACGCUGGAGGACCAUGAGACGACCGUCACUGAGGAAGAGGGAACGUGGGAGGACGAACAGAAAGCCAGAGAGACAGAGGGGUCUAAAUCCCUGUUGUCACCGCAUGAGACUCCAGAAGACAAGAACCAGGCCCACCAAGAUCCAGUGACGCUGCUGGAGUUUCAGUGGGGUCCCAGCACAGGUCUGCAGGAGGACCGCCAGCAGAAGCGCAGAGCGCUGCUCCAGAGAUCGUCCCGCAGGGCUGAGGAGAUCAAGGCCAAGGGGGCUCUUGCCAAGAUUCAACCUGAGAUAAAAGCUCCAUCUGAGGCAAAAGAGACAUCUAAAGCUAAGAGAUCUCAACCAGCCACCUGUAAGGCAAAGAUGAAGUCAGAAACUCAACAUAAGACUAAUGCCAUGUCAAAGGGGGGACAGACUGAGCUGCAUCGAAAUACUGAGAAAGCUGACUCCAUCAUGCAGAAAAAGCCCCAGCUUCCUGAUACAGUGAGCAAUCCCAGGCUUGAAAAGGUGGUGGAGGUAAAGAGCUCCACAACGGAGCAGAGGAAACAGGAUGUUGCUGAGAUGCACCAUAGAACUCAGAGACUGUAUGAGCAGCUGGAGGAGGUGAAGCAACAGAAAGCCAUCAGGAACAGACAGCAAGCGUAUGCAACACACAGACUGAAGGCCAAAGAGUUCCACAAGAAAACCUUACAGAAGCUUCGUGCCAAGCAGACUCUGUAGGGACUUUGAAUGUGUCAUAGUUCUACUUUUGUAAAGUGAAUUUGUAAAGUUUUUUAUUUUUUUUAUACCUAU